AAUCUCAUCAUUCACACUCCACCAUGCACCAUUGCCCGCUGUCCAUCAAAUACUUGCCAGUUCCUUUUGGAUACACUCUUUCUCUUCUCUUUCCAUCAUUGAAGGAAAACAUUGACAGAACAAGCUGCCAAAGCAUCACAUAAAAACCAAAAUUAGAACUACUCAUCAUCAUCAGUUGCUUGUCUUCUUGAAUAGCGUUGCAGUCUUUUCUUGUGUUAUUCGAUUCUAUUUCUAUCUAAGUUGAUUGAAAGAACCCGCCGGUACUAAGGAUAAUUAUCAUAAUUAGAGAGAUGAAGUUCUGCAAGAAAUAUCAAGAGUAUAUGCAAGGACAAGAGAAGAAACUGCCUGGGGUUGGUUUCAAGAAGCUUAAGCAAAUAUUGAAGAAGUGUAGUAGGGAUUUUCAAUCCAACAAAGACUUUCAUGGGUUACUUCAGUUCCAAACUUGUCCCCAGCGUUGCCUAGUGUGUGACGUGACCUUCUUCCCUUCCCUUCUCAAGGAAAUGUCUGAUGUAGUAGGCUGCUUCAAUGAGCGUGCACAGAAAUUGCUUGAACUACAUAUGGCUUCUGGCUUUAGGAAGUACUUCAUUUGGUUCAAAGGCAAGCUGCAAGGAAGCCAUGUUGCCUUGAUUCAAGAAGGGAAGGACCUGGUUAGCUAUGCAUUGAUUAAUGCUAUCGCCAUACGAAAAAUACUGAAGAAAUAUGAUAAGGUUCAUUACUCCAAACAAGGGCAAGCCUUCAGGUCACAAGCACAAAGUAUGCACAAGGAAAUCCUUCAAUCACCAUGGUUAUGUGAGCUUAUGGCUUUCGACAUAAAUUUGAGGGAAACCAAGAUCAAAUCGGGAAAGACCCCUGCAUUGUUUGAGGGCAGCUACCUCACAUUUAAUGAUGGCAAACCAUUCCUGUCUUGCGAACUCUUUGGUUCUGUCAAGCUUGAUAUUGAUUUGACUUGCUCUAUAUGUUUGGAUACAGUAUUUGAUCCAGUAUCCCUUACCUGUGGGCAUAUAUUCUGCUACAUGUGCGCUUGUUCGGCUGCAUCAGUGACAAUUGUUGAUGGACUAAAAGCAGCAGAGCCAAAAGAAAAGUGUCCUUUAUGUCGAGAGGCAGGAGUUUAUGAAGGUGCGGUACAUUUGGAUGAGCUUGGUAUAUUACUAAGGAGAAGCUGUCGUGAGUACUGGGAGCUGCGACUUAAAACAGAAAGACAGGAGCGAGUUCGGCAGGCAAAGGAACAUUGGGAAUCCCAGUGUCGGGCAUUCAUUGGCGUCUGAUCACCUAUCUUUCCCCCUGCUAAUCGAUAAAUCUUUUUAUUCCGUUUCUUAUAUAUUCCAGGUGUUCUAUUUCCCAGUGUAAAUCAUUCUUCAAUAACAUUUGCUACCAUGUAUAUACGUUAUUGGCCUGAUGUAUAUUUACUCGCAAUUUCCAAAUUAAGAAAAGAAUUUCUCGACA